CCGGCCCCAGCGGCCUCUGCGAUGAGGGCGGGGUCACGGCCUCGACACGCCUCCAACCCCCGACGAGCACUCUGGGGAAAGGCCAAAUAGUCAAGAUAGGCUAGGACCCGGGGACCGGGUGUUCUGAGAACCAGUCAAUGCAGCAAGUUUGAUAUCAGUUAUAGAACUGAGGCAGGGGAAUAAACUGAGACCGUGGACAAGGGAGGUGAGCUUCGAGGCCUGGCCACUUGGCUGCCCGGGAAUGGUAGUUUCCAGUGCCUCCUUGUCUCCGUUGUACGGGCUCGUGGGUGAGCAGGUAUGGACUACAUCUCCCGAAGUUCUUCAGGAGCCCGCGUUGACCGGCUUCUAGCGCGCUCUGUCUUGUGGGAUAUGUAGUCUAAUAUCUUGUGAAGCAUAGUAGUAUACUAAGAAAGGUUCACGGGCUCGGACUCAGUUUCCCUAUGGCCCCGGGAUGCUUACAGGCCAUUGGCUGAGCAAAGCAGAUCUGGUCGCACUCCUCCCCGCCCCCAGUGACACAAUAGCAGCUCCCUCCAAGAUGGCGGCGGCGACGGCAGACCCGGGAGCUGGGAACCCGCAGGCUGGGGACUCCUCCGGUGGGGACGCCGGGGGCGGGCUACCGUCACCUGGGGAGCAGGAACUGAGCCGGCGCCUGCAGCGCUUGUACCCUGCAGUUAAUCAGCACGAAACGCCGCUGCCGCGAUCCUGGAGCCCCAAGGACAAGUACAACUACAUCGGCCUCUCCCAGGGAAACCUCCGUGUCCACUACAAAGGUCAUGGCAAAAACCACAAAGAUGCAGCCUCCGUGCGUGCCACCCACCCCAUCCCUGCCGCCUGUGGCAUUUACUAUUUUGAAGUGAAGAUUGUCAGCAAAGGAAGAGAUGGGUACAUGGGAAUUGGACUCUCAGCUCAAGGCGUCAACAUGAACAGACUACCUGGUUGGGACAAACAUUCCUAUGGUUACCAUGGCGAUGAUGGGCAUUCCUUCUGCUCCUCGGGAACGGGUCAGCCCUACGGUCCCACAUUCACCACAGGGGAUGUGAUCGGCUGUUGUGUCAACCUCAUCAAUGGCACCUGCUUCUACACCAAGAAUGGCCAUAGCCUUGGUAUAGCCUUCACAGAUCUCCCGGCCAACCUCUACCCCACCGUAGGCCUGCAGACUCCUGGGGAGAUUGUGGAUGCCAACUUUGGGCAGCAGCCCUUCCUGUUCGACAUUGAGGACUAUAUGCGGGAAUGGCGUGCCAAAGUCCAGGGCACUGUCCACGGCUUUCCCAUCAGUGCCCGGCUUGGCGAGUGGCAGGCGGUGCUGCAGAACAUGGUCUCGUCUUACCUGGUGCAUCAUGGGUAUUGUGCCACAGCCACAGCUUUUGCCCGAAUGACUGAAACCACAAUUCAGGAAGAACAGGCAUCCAUAAAGAACAGACAAAAAAUCCAGAAGCUGGUGUUGGAAGGCCGAGUGGGUGAAGCUAUUGAAACAACCCAACGCUUCUACCCUGGGCUGCUGGAGCACAACCCCAACCUGCUCUUUAUGCUCAAGUGUCGACAGUUUGUGGAGAUGGUGAACGGCACCGACAGUGAGGUCCGCAGCUUGAGCUCCCGAAGCCCCAAGUCCCAGGACAGCUACCCUGGAUCCCCCAGCCUCAGCCCCCGACACGGCCCUAGUAGUUCCCACAUGCACAACACAGGAGCAGACAGUCCCAGCUGCAGCAAUGGCGUUGCUUCCACCAAGAACAAACAGAACCACAGUAAAUACCCCGCACCCAGCUCCUCCUCCUCGUCCUCGUCCUCCUCGUCCUCCUCUUCCCCGUCCUCCAUCAAUUACUCCGAGUCCAACUCAACAGACUCCACCAAGUCCCAGCCCCACAGCAGUACCAGUAACCAGGAGACCAGUGACAGUGAAAUGGAGAUGGAGGCGGAACAUUAUCCCAAUGGUGUGUUGGAGAGCAUGUCCACGCGCAUCGUCAAUGGUGCCUACAAGCACGAAGACCUGCAGACAGAUGAGUCCAGCAUGGAUGAUGGGCAUCCACGGCGGCAGCUCUGUGGGGGCAACCAGGCUGCCACAGAAAGGAUCAUCCUGUUUGGCCGAGAGUUGCAAGCAUUGAGUGAGCAGCUGGGCCAAGAGUACGGCAAGAAUUUGGCCCACACGGAGAUGCUGCAGGAUGCCUUUAGCCUACUAGCGUAUUCAGACCCCUGGAGCUGCCCAGUUGGCCAUCAGCUUGAUCCCAUCCAGAGGGAGCCUGUGUGUGCUGCUCUCAACAGCGCCAUUUUAGAGUCUCAGAACCUGCCAAAGCAGCCGCCUCUGAUGCUUGCCCUGGGCCAGGCAUCUGAAUGUCUGCGGCUCAUGGCCCGAGCAGGCCUGGGAUCUUGCUCUUUUGCCAGAGUCGAUGACUACUUGCACUAGCUGACCUUCCUGGCUGGCUCUGUCUGGCCGCCCUUCAGCCCAGGGCUGGAGCAACCCUGCCCUCCAUAGGCACCUGGUACAGAGACCUGGAAGCCAUGGGCAGAGUCCCACUCCUCCUACCUGGCCGGUCCUCCCUGCCUCCAUCCCUCCCUCCACCCCUCCCUCCCUCUUUUCCUUGUCCUCUCCUUCUCCCUCUCCCUUCCACGUGCAGCGGCCUGUGACACAGUAUUGGCUGGUUACUCAUGUAGCGGCUUCUCCUUUAAAGGAGAUUUUGUUUUGAGAAGAGGUUGGGUUUUUUUAAUCUUUUUCUUCCUCCUGACUGAGCCACCAGUGUGUAUCUCGGGAGAGUUUGUGCUGAGCUGGUUUCUGCUGAUUUAGUAAUGAAGCCUAUCCAGGUUGAUGAUAGCGUAUUAUUUUCAUAAGUAAAAAACAAACAAACAAAUGAGAUUAUAUAUAUAUAUAAAAAUAUAUAUAUAUUAAAAAAAGACACAGUAUUUAUCGUAGUACUAGUGGUCCAGCACCUCUUGGGUGAGGCUGUCCAGACACCAUGUGUUUUUAUUUGAGUCCAACUCAUUAAAAAAGAAUCAUCUCUUGUCACUUCAGUCAAGUGAUUUGUUUAUUUUAGGCUCCCCUUUUAUUGAGCCACAGGUCCAGCUGAGGCUGCUUGGUGGGCAAGGUCAGGCUAAGCUGCUUUGCAGCAUCCCAAGAGGUAUGGGUCUCUAGGCCCCUUAUAGGUAGACAAAACACAGAACUGCAGGUUCAGGGAUUCAGGGAAGUGAGGUGGCCUGGGGCACACAGCAAAGCAAGGGAACACAGGGUCCGUAGCCAGCACGCUGUCUACCACUCUACCCUGCCUCUCACUGCCUGCCUUGCCCCUCUCUCCCAUCUCAAUGCCCUGCCUUCCCUUGUUAAGAUGGCCAAAUAAUUCAUUACUCUCAGUUGAAUGCCUGGAAACUACCUGCCUUCAACCCAAGAGCUGCUGUAUGCCAGGCUGCCAAGAGGAAGACUCCAUUCCCAGGACAGAGGCCCUUAAGGACAGGCUGGCUGCUUUCUUCCUGCCUGGGUCUUCACCAUCACUGCCCAACUCUGAUGGGAUUGAUGCUUCCUGUGGAGAAGUUGGUACCUCGUGGAGUCUGAGUCUCGGACCAUUGGUCCAGAGUGGAUGGAGCCCUUGGCUUCCUGGUCCAGACUUCCCUGCAGCUGUGGGAGGCUGCUCCCUGCAGCGUGGCCCCGGCGAUUCUUAGGAAGAGGAGACUCCAUGGGCCUUACAGAUGUCCCAGCAGCUGUUUGACAUGGGAUCCUCACAGCUGGUGGGACAACACCACACCCUACCACCACAGGGCUGAGAUGCUGCCAGGAUGUGGGUGGGCCAUCUGUGGAGGGGACUGUCUGCCAAGGAAGAGUUGGGUCUAUGGAGAGGAGACCUGGAGGGGCCAGGAUCUCCUUACCUGCUUCACAGGGUGAGUGAAAAGCCCAGGCAGCCUCUGCAAAGAGUAGGUCCAGCUGUGGCAAAGCUACAAGUGGCCUUCCAGUCCCCUUGGCAUCUGGGCUGGGUGAGCUCAUGUUCUGUUGGUGGACACAGAAAUCAGUGGUAGAGCUCAAGAUGUUCUGUGCCUACUAGGCCUCACCAGGCCCACAGCUGGACAAAAAUAAGUUAGGCCAGCUGUCAGUGAGGGGCCAGGGCCCUGACUGAAAUCUUCCAAACUUUUGCUCUGGGGGCUAAUCCUACAGGCUACUACAUUUUCUUGGUUCCUGGCAGGGCCUUGGUUAGCAGCUUGUCAGGAGGGUUUGUCCUGUGUAAAGGAAAUUUCAUCCUGUCCAAGACUAGAACACCCAAGCUCCAAACUCAGGUUGGAAAUAUCAGGCUGUUACAGUGGUUGGCCUAACGUUUGGAUGUGAAAACCGGUGGCAUUUGCAGAGCGGUGGAGUUUAGAAAAAGUCUCCACCAGUCCUCUCCUUUGCCAGUUAAAGAAACAGGCCCAGGAGAUUAAGUGACUUGGCCAAAGCCACACAGCAAAUAGUGGCAGAGCCAGGACUAACUAUUCCUGUGGGUUCGACAGUCCUGUCUAGACCUAAAGCAAAAUGGCAAUGAGCUUUGUGAGGGUCAGGUUGGCAUGACUUGAGCAGUGCCUGAGCAGCGGGUACCGUUUGGAGUGUGACGAGAGUGGGCAUGGGUGCUUAGACUUGGGUUGUGGAGCGGCUGAGAGGGCCUUGGAGGGCUGUGUGCUGCAUGGGGUUGUGUGUCUACCUGGCUCGCACUCAGUACCCACGGCCACCUCCCCGUUUUCUGUGCCUUAUCUCACUGUUUCAGCUGAGUCCAAGUUGUUUACUCUGUUCCUCUCCAGAGGGGUUCUCUGUCCUAGUUGGACAGCUCACUUUGGGGACAUAAGCCUUUGCCUCACAAGCUGUGGGGAGGGCCAAAAUCAAGCUGCUGGAGCCAGUUGUUAGUCCAGUCCUGCUGCCAGAGGAGCCCCGUAUGUACCCCCAUUCCCACUAGCCUGUUUCCAGGAGCCUGGAGUGGGGAAUAGUUCUUGGAUGCAGCUUAGUAAAGGGCUGGACCUGACCCUUGUGGGCAGGAGGAGGACCUGGCUGUGUUGGGUUGUCCAGCCCUUGGGGAGCAGCAUUCCCUACUCAUCUUCCCUCUGUGGCACCAGAUGGUAGCUCCUUGCAGAGCAAGGACCAAGUUGGCAGACCACUCAGAGUCAAAAACUCACCCCCACCCCUUCCUCGUGGGUCAGUGGCUGAGUGUAGGCUGGCAGAACAAGGAUAUCACACGCUAGGGAAGUAAGGACUGCCUGGCUACCCGGCAUCUUCCCAGCCCUUAAGCACAAAAAGAUGAGGCAGAGGACUGUUGGGGCUGAUCGUUCCUUUGGUUGCUCACAACUCAGGUAUGCAUGUCAUUUGGCAGCUGGACAGCAGAGCCCUAUUUCACCACCAAUCACAGGCAUUUGGACCUGUGGCCAGAUGGUGGCUUCUGGCUGUCCCCAGUGCCCCCUCUUCGCAUAGGUUCCCUCCAUUAUCAACUACAGCUGAAACAGGCAUCCUCCACAUUGUGCACACUGGUUCUGCCUUUGUCCUUGCAAGCUGAUACUCGGCGUUAGCAUGAAACUUGUGGUGUGAGAGGGUUGACAGAAUUCUAACACAAACAUCCUAUUAAAUUGUACUUGAGAUGAAAAAAUUCCUGUUGUAUUUUGACAGAAUUAUUUUUAUUAAAAUACACAUCCAUGAGCAA